GACAGAAUGGCAACAAAUACAUCCAAUUCGCACCAAUUGUCUCUCCCCGCGCCCGCCAAUUCAAUAAUUGGUCAGUUGGAUUCAGAUCGCAACUUGAUUGACGCCCUGCCAUAUAUAGACAAGGAGUAUGAACAGCCUGGUGUACGGGAUGCAGCACUGGCUUUGAUCGAGGAAGAAUGUCGACGAUACAGGCCCACGAAAAAUUAUCUCGACUACCUUCCCUUGGACUUGAAUCUAUUCGAAACAGACACAAUGCGAGUCGAAUUUGAACGAAUAGCCGCAAGACAACCUAUGGAAAUGCUAUCGAUGAAGCGGUACGAGCUACCUGCCCCCGGAGCGGGUCAAAAAAACGACAUUGCUGCGUGGAACGAAUGUGUUGAAAACAGUUUGGCUCAGUUAGAGCACAUGGGAAGCAGAAUUGAGAACUUGGAGCUGCUUGAAAAAUAUGGCGCAAAUGCGUGGAAGACGCAUAAUGAACUCCUAUCUAAAAUGGUAGACCAGGCACAAAAACAAAUGGCUGCUUUGAAGCGAGAAAUACAAGAAACUAAUUGGCAGAGAAAGUCGGAUCAAAUGUCAGUCAGCACAAAACUAUUAUCAUCGAAAGACGAAUGGAAUCAUUUGGUGCAUAAAAAUUUCGACAUAGAGGCCGCUUGUUUAAGACUGAGCAAUGAAAUCACGUUACUAGAAGAGGAAUGUUCUAGAUUAAAUGCAUCUGCUCCGCAAAAUGAUACUCGUAAAAGAAAAGUAUUGGAAACGCAAAAUCAACAACAGCAGUUUGUCGAAAGAGGAGUGGAAAUGAGCGGACAUGCAAUCGGAAGGUCAGAUGUUCCAGCAAAUUUCAACGUGAGAGAGACAAGUGCGACUGAAGGAAGUAACUCGGACGAUGAAAACAAACCACCAGUUGAGAAGAGUCAAAAAGUAGACGAAACGAGUGAAAAAAAUAGUACAGAUGAUUCUUCCAUGGAUACCUGAGAUAUCUUGAGCAGGUUUUAUCAAAACUAAUCAUUUUGUUGCAAAAUUCAAAAGUUCUGUUAUA